GAAAAGGAGGAAGGAGAAAGCAAUGAGAAUUACAGGAUCUGAUUAACUUCAGGACACAGAGGGGUACGUGUUUCUGAGUGAGUGUGUAUUUGAGAGAAUUGACUGGUGCUCUUUAUCACCCUCCUAUUGUCAUCAGGGGAGGGGCUACUGAAGAACUGGGAGAAAACCAACCUGAGUUCUCUGGAAGGAAACUUAAAGGAACCAAGGGAAAAGACUGAAAGGACUGAAAGAGAGCAAGGGCUGGGAGGUCCAGGGAGCGGGUGAAGCGCUCACAUAGGGUGAGGUAGACACCUAGCACAGGGAACGGGAAGAGGCGCUCCUUGGGGGCUGCUUGAGAAAAGUUUGGUUUGUGAACAGAGCAAUUUUCCUGGUGACUGCCGCUCCACCGCCAGCCGUCUCUUGCUCUUCUCCCUGUCAUUCUGGUGUGACACCCAGAAGUUAACCUCUGGUUCUAGAAAAAGAGUGGGGGGAGGUAUGACGUGCAUAAAGGCACUGAGAAUAAGCCUAGUGAUUCUGGCCGGGUGGGCACUCAGUGCUGCCUGCUCUGAGCCCGGCUGGACAUGCAAGAGAUCCUUGGCUCAGAAGGAACAUCUAGUGCAGGUGCUGUCGGAAGGAGAACGCUGCUGGCUCGGAGCCAACCUUCGAAGACCCAGAGCUGCUCCCCAGCAUCACCUCUUUGGGGUAUACCCCAGCAGGUCUGGGAACUACCUGAGGCCCUACGUUGGUAGGGAGCAGGGGACCCUUCUUGCAGGACGCAGCCAGCCAGAUAAGGGUGGCAAGGCUGUGAGCCUUCCCCCAGACUCAGAUGCAGGUGCAAAAGUAAGGAGCGAGGCUCAGCUGUCAGCUGUGUCCUGGGUAGGAGCUGGGCCCUUGGGACACUCUGAGCUAAUGGGAGGUGCUGAUACUUCUCUUGGCCAUAGAGGAUCCAGGGCAUCUCUAGGUGAGGCUGGGACUCAGGGACAUUCAGCCACCACUGCCACCAUGUCCACCAGCUUUGCGAGCCUGAAGGACCCCGCAUCGGAGACCCAAAGGCGAGACUGGGUCAAGGCCAGACUCCGACGCCAGGUGGUGAAGGGGCAAGCAGAGAGUGCGCAAGGAGACCCCGGUGUCUCUCCUCAGCGUCUCCGACCGUGGCCUAAGCUGGGGUUCAGACCCAGUCCACUGGAGGCCAGCAUCCAGAAGGGUGGAGGGGACUCCUAUUGGGAAGCAGAGCCUGUCACACCCCAGGGAGGACUGCCUGUUUUGUACUUCUCGGGGCGGAGGGAGCGGCUGCUGCUGCGUCCAGAAGCGCUGGCUGAGAUUCCCCGGGAGGUGUUCACUGUGGAAACCUGGGUGAAGCCCGAGGGAGGACAGAACCACCCGGCCAUCAUCACAGGUGUGUUUGAUAACUGCUCCCACACUGUCAGUGACAAGGGCUGGGCCCUGGGGAUUCGCUCAGGGCAGGACACAAGAAGGCGAGAUGCUCGCUUCUUUUUCUCCCUGCGCACUGACCGCAUGAAGAAAGCUACCAUUGUGACUAGCCACAGCCGCUACCAGCCAGGAACAUGGACACACGUGGCAGCCACUUACGAUGGACGGCGGAUGGCCCUGUAUGUGGACGGCACUCAGGUGGCUAGUAGUCCAGAGCAGUCCGGUCCCCUGAACAGCCCCUUCAUGGCAUCUUGCCGCUCUUUCCUCGUGGGGGGGGAUAGCUCUGAGGACGGACACCAUUACCGUGGACAUGUGGGGACACUGGUCUUCUGGUCCACGGCCCUCCCACAAAGCCACCUCCAGUACAGUCUUCAGCAUCCAAAUGAAGCAGAGAAGUUGACUACCUUGAUCCUAACAGCCAAUUUCCAGCCCAUGGAAGAACAAUGGAUCCCCUUUAGAGAUGGGAAUUACCCUCGGCUGGAGGUCCUCCAGGGCCCAGGCCCUCAGCCUGAGAUUCUGUCACCCCUGAAACCUCCACUCUGUGGGCAAACAGCUUGUGACAACGUGGAACUGAUCUCCCAAUACAAUGGACAUUGGUCCCUUCGGGGCGAGAAGGUGAUUCGCUACCAGGUGGUGAACAUCUGUGACAAUCAGGGCCUGAACCCCACGGUGAGUGAGCAGCAGAUCCAGCGGCAGCAUGAGGCACUCAAUGAAGCUUUCAGCCGCUACAACAUCAGCUGGCAGCUGAACGUCCACCAUGUCCACAACUCCACCCUGCGCCAUCGGGUUGUGCUUGUCAACUGUGAGCCCAGCAAGAUUGGCAAUGACCACUGUGAUCCUGAGUGUGAGCACCCACUCACGGGCUACGAUGGAGGUGACUGCCGCCUGCAAGGCCGCUGCUACUCCUGGAACCGCAGGGACGGGCUGUGCCACGCAGAGUGCAACAACAUGCUCAAUGACUUCGACGACGGUGACUGCUGCGACCCUGAGGUGGCUGACGUGCACAGGACCUGCUUCGACCCUGAUUCUCCAAAGAGGGCGUACAUGAGUGUGAAGGAGCUGAAGGAGGAGCUGCAGCUCAACAGUACUCACUUCCUCAAUGUCUACUUUGCCAGUUCAGUGCGAGAAGACCUUGCAGGUGCUGCCACCUGGCCGUGGGACAAGGAAGCCACCAGUCACCUGGGUGGUGUGGUCCUCAACCCAGCCUACUAUGGCAUGCCUGGCCAUACCAAUAUCAUGAUCCAUGAAGUGGGGCAUGUUCUGGGUCUCUACCAUGUCUUCAAAGGGGUCAGUGAAAGAGAGUCCUGUGAUGACCCCUGCAGGGAGACCGUGCCAUCCAUGGAGACUGGAGACCUCUGUGCUGACACUGCCCCUACUCCCAAGAGUAAACUCUGCCAGGACCCAGAACCUACCAAUGAUACCUGUGGCUUCGCCCACUUCCCAGGAGCUCCAUUCAGUAACUACAUGAGCUAUACAGAUGAUGACUGUACCGAUAGCUUCACCCCUAACCAGGUGGCCCGAAUGCAUUGCUAUCUGGACCUUGUCUAUCAGCAAUGGAGUGAAAGCCGAAAGCCCACCCCCAUUCCCAUCCCUCCUAUGGUCAUCGGGCAGACCCCCAAGUCCCUCACUAUCCACUGGCUGCCUCCUAUCAGUGGAGUGGUGUAUGACAGGACUCCCGGCAGCAUGUGCAGUGCCUGCACGGAAGAUGGGACGUUCCGUCAGUAUGUGCACACGGCUUCCUCCCGGCGUGUGUGUGACUCCUCCGGCUACUGGACUCCAGAGGAGGCUGUGGGGCCCCCAGAUGUGGAUCAGCCCUGUGAGCCAAGCUUGCAGGCCUGGAGUCCUGAACUCCACCUAUAUCAUAUGAACAUGACAGUCCCCUGCCCUGUGGAAGGCUGUAGUUUGGAGCUGCUCUUCCAGCACCCUGUCCAAGCCGAUUCCCUCACCCUCUGGGUCACCUACCUCUCCAUGGACUCCUCGCAGGCACUCUUUGACACGGAGAUCUUGCUGGAACACCAAGAGUCUGUGCACCUGGGUCCCUUAGAUACUUUCUGUGACACCCCACUCACUAUCAAACUGCACGUUGAUGGGAAAGUUGUGGGGGUGAAAGUCUACACUUUUGAUGAGCGCAUGGAGAUUGAUGCAGCCCUCCUGACUUCUCGGCCCCACAGUCCUCUGUGUUCGGGCUGCAGACCUGUGAGGUACCAGGUGCUCCGCGAACCCCCUUUUGCGAGUGGCUUGCCAGUGGUGGUGACGCAUCCUCUCCGGAAGUUCACGGACGUGGAGGUCACACCUGGGCAGGUGUAUCAGUACCAAGUUCAAGCAGAAGCUGGAACAGAACUAGGAGAAGCUUCGCCUCCUCUGACUCACAUCCACGGAGCUCCUUACUGUGGUGAUGGGAAGGUGACAAGCAACCUGGGAGAAGAGUGCGAUGAUGCAGACCUUUUAAGUGGAGAUGGUUGUUCAAGGACAUGUAAAAUAGAGGAAGGCUUCCGCUGUGUAGGGGAGCCAAGCCUGUGCUACAUAUAUGAGGGAGAUGGGAUAUGCGAGCCUUUUGAGAAGGAAACCAACAUCAAAGACUGUGGCCUCUAUACUCCUAAAGGAUACCUGGACCAGUGGGCUACCCAGGCUUACUCUUCUCAUGAAGACAAGAAGUGUCCUGUUUCCUUGGUAACUGGAGAACCUCAUUCCAUGAUUUGCACGUCAUACCAUCCAGACUUACUGGAGCAUGACCCCCUCACUGGCUGGUUCCCCUGUGUCACCAGUGGACAUAGACCUCAGGAUGAAGGAAGUGAGCUGCCAGGAGGCAGUUUGGAGAGCAAAUCUGAGGUUUGGCUCAAAGUGUGUUUCAGUAGACCAGGAGUGGCUACAGCAAUUUUCAUCUUCCUGACAUCUGUUGGGCUGGGUCCUGGAGAACGUGAGCGACCAGCAGUGACUCUCCACCUGACUGAUAUUAAUGGAAACAACCACUCUCUCGGAACCUAUGAACUGUCAUGUCAGCACAACCCACUGGUCAUCAAUGUGAGCCGUCACCCCAGUGAACUUCUUCACCAUACCACCUCAGUGCUGCUGAAUUUCUCAUCCCCCUUGGUGGGCAUCUCCGCUGUGGCUCUAAGGACAUCCUCACAUAUAAGUCCUUUAACUCCCAACAGCUGCACCCCAGAACACGAGAGGCAAAAUCAUAAGGGAAAGAGCUGUGCCCAUCAGUCCCAUGGGGAGCAAGACAGCUGUGCCCCACUGCUGCUUGACCAUGCAGAUGUGGUGAACUGUACCUCAGAUGGCCCAGGUCACAUGAAGUGUGCUAUCACGUGUCAAAAAGGGUUCGCCCUUCAGGCCAGCAAUGGGUGGUUCCUCAGACCCAUUCAGAAGGAAAUUCUGCUCACCUGUUCCUCUGGGCACUGGGACCGGGCUGUGAGCUGCAUGCCCCUGGACUGUGGCGUCCCCGACCCCUCCUUGGUGAACUACGCAACCUUUUCCUGCUCACAAGGAACAGACUUCCUGAAACGCUGCUUCAUCUCUUGUGUCCCACCAGCCAAACUUCAAGGAUUGAGCCCAUGGCUGACUUGUCUUGAAGACGGGCUCUGGUCUCUCCCUGAAGUCUUCUGCAAGUUGGAAUGUGGGAUUCCCCCAGUGAUCCCGAACGCCAACCUGCUCCUGCCUCACUGCCUCCAAGGCAACCACGACGUGGGUUCCAUCUGCCGAUAUGAAUGCAAACCUGGCUACUACGUGGCGGAAAGCAUGGACAAUAAAGUCAGGAACAAGUUCCUGAAGUUGCAGUGCCUCGAGGGUGGAAUCUGGGAACAAGGCAGCUGCAUUCCAGUGGUGUGUGAGCCCCCUUCUCCUAUCUUUGAGGGGAUGUAUGAAUGUACCAACGGCUUUCAGUUCAACAGCCAGUGUGUGCUCAACUGUAAUGAGCAGAGUGAAAGGCGUCCCAUCCACUGCACUGAGAAGGGUCUGUGGUCUGAGGAGUUCAAGUUAUGUGAGAACUUACAAGGGGAAUGCCCCCCACCCCCCAAAGAGCUGAAUUUUGUGGAGUACAAGUGUGUACAGGGAUAUGGGAUUGGUGCAGUGUGUUCCCCAUCAUGUAUCAUCCCUCCUAGUGAUCCUGUAAUUCUACCUGAGAACAUCACUGCUGACACGUUGGAGCACUGGAUGGAACCCGUCAAAGUCCAGAGCAUCAUGUGCACUGGCAGGCGUCAGUGGCACCCAGAACCCCGCCUGGUCCAUUGCAUCCAGUCCUGUGAGCCUUUCCAAGCAGAUGGUUGGUGUGACACGAUCAACAACCGGGCCUAUUGUCACUAUGAUGGGGGAGACUGCUGCUCAUCCACACUCUCCUCCAAGAAGGUCAUUCCUUUUGCUGCUGACUGUGACCUAGAUGAAUGCACCUGCCGAGAUCCCAAGGCUGAAGAAAAUCAGUAAUUCUGAGCUGAAGCCCCUCCUUACUGCCCUGGAGGCAGUAAGAGAGAGGUCUGCUCGAGGGGAACAAAGGUGGAUGAAGAAGAAAGGUUGUGAAAUAAAGGAAGGAAGAAGAGCACAUAAGAUCUUAGGAGAAAUACAGGAGGAUGUUUAUAGGUGCCAACUAUCAUGUCAAAUAGCCCAACACUCAUAGGUAAAGUUUCUUCAAAGAGAGUUGAUGAAAAAUGGAAGAAGAAAUAUAUUAGAUAGGCAAGGACCCUUCUCCCCCAUUUAUAUUCUAUUUCAACAUUUCAACUAUUGAUCCAUUCCCUUCCCUGCACCCUGCCAACUUGUGAACCAAUACCAAGAUACUAGAAGCAAGUUGCCAGGGACACUGUCGCUACGCAUUUUGAAUGGGUUGCCAUCUUUUGGGGCUUAUCGAUCUUCAACUGGCUCUCUCCCUUCCUUUUGUGUAGUCCCCCUUAAUAACAAUGAGGCUAUUAAUUCUUUGUAAGUAUUUAAACAUAAUUAUAUAAAUAUAUAUAUAUAUUAUAUUUUUUGCUGUCUACUAAGCCUAAAAAUUAUCCAUUGUUCCACAUAUGCUGCUGUGAAGUUCACGUCCAGAAUGAAUGUUGAAGAUUUGGGGACAGAAAAGAAAGUUCUUCUGCCAUCUUUCUGUUGCUAGGGAAUUGGCAGGUUGAGGAGAAAGUUGAGAAGAAAAGAAGAGAUAUUAGAUAAAGAUCUUGAGGCUAACAUGUGAGCUAGUCAUCUUUUUUUAUAAGCAGGGAGCUGGCUUUUGAGGAGAAUGGAAUGCUAACUCCAGGAGACAUGGAAAGUUGGGAAUAACCAUUGAUGGUAUAUCCAGGCAAACAAAACUAUAGUUCCUAAAUAUUCAUCCCCAAAGACUAUGUUAUCUUCUCUUCACUGCUCAAAACUCCUAGUUGCAGUUGGUAAGACCCAGAGUUUUUUAUAGUUCCAUAUCUGCUUAUUCCAGCUAUGGCUUUUAGCCAGCCAGUCAACAAGUUCAUACUAGGGCUCAUUCUCUGAUUGCCAGGAUUGUAGAAACUCACACGUUCUUCAUACUUGGCCCGUGGUUUCACUUCUAAGUCCCCAACCCUGGCCAUCAAUCCCAGCCACAUGACCAAUUGUUAACUUUGUGGGGGAAAAUGUCACAGAAAUGACAUAGGGGGAAGAUGGAAGGAGUUGGAAGAACAAGCCAGAUGGAGAAGCCAAGAAAGGUGGUAGAGAAGGGAGCAGUCAGGUAAGUUCCAGGCAGGCCCAGGGCAGGAUGAUGAAGUGAGUCAAAGACACUCAGAUUUGUUCCAGCUCUCCAAAGCCAACCAAAGGGGAUGCUUUGAACAAUGGAGAAUCUGAGGUAAAUUCUAUUCAAGAGUGAUGUAUCUAAUUUGUGAUCCAGCUUUCAAUUUAAGCAAGCUUAUGGAAACACAUGGAGCGAGGGUGACACUCUGUGGGGAGAGAGAAGAAUUUCAGUUAUUUAGGGUCCUCUAGUCCUUACUCUUUCUUGCUCUUCAGUAGCCAAACUGUACAGGAACCGAUCAUAUUAACCUGCUUCUAUUUUUGUCCAAGGCUUAUGCUUUCUUCACGGGGUCUAUUACAGUCAUGUGUUUUGGUUAAUUUCUGGAUUAGAUCUCAUGGCAAGAAAAGUCGAGAGCUAAUUUCUUGUUCAGCUCCUCCAUUUUUUUCAUCUCAGGAAGAGCUUCUUCUCCAGUGGAGUUGAGAGCAGGAAAAAAUGAGAGCAUAUCCUGCCCCCUGAAUCAUGUGCUAUUAGAAUCUGGGCACACAGUCCUAGCAUUCUCAGCAACACUAAGUCAGUGAUACUGAAAAUGGAAGAGGGACUAGUACAAUCUUGAACCAGACUUCAUGUAGGAAAGAACAGUAUUUUGAAAACGGUUAAAAAGGAAAAGGAGAAUAUAUACAUAUUUAUCUGUGGGGACAUGAAAUGAAGGUGGCAAGACUUGGUGGGCACAGGAAAGAACAGAGUUUGCUCAUCCCAAACACUCUUAUUCACUGUAUUCCUAACCACAAGGGAAAUAAUAAUUUAGAUAUAAUUCACUGUCUGGGUUCACAGUGCCCCCAAGAAGAGAAUAAUAUUUAUUUCUGGCAUUUCUGAUAAGCUUCAAUAUGGAAAGGAUACUGGAAAAGUCUAGACUGUCCAUUUUAAAAAGCUGUAAACUUAUUGUCAAGGGGAGAGUAUCCAAGUUCCUGGAAGCUAGUCCAGCUCCUAGUAGGGGAGCCCUGACCCAUCCGACACUGAGACAGUAGAAUAGUUAUCCCAUGCUUUGCUUCAUCAGGGGGUCACAGUCCCCACAAAAACAUGGACCCCGUGGUUCAUGCCAGUAUGGGUAUGGGCUCAGACUAGCCGGAGGAGUAACAGUGAGAAUAUUUGCUUUUCAUACUUCAUUUUAAAAUAUGUUUUCUCUGUUGGCAACUUUGCAACUCACCACUGCCCUGGGAAAGAAAAGAUGGCUCCAUGAUAGUUGAAAAGCCUCAGGGGCUAGACACUGCCCAGCUGUAGUCAGUUCUGGCCAUUCCAAGAUGGCAGGUUCCUCCAGCCCUUGUCCCUGAAUCUCGUGCUACGAGUCCCUUGAGUCACUAAUAAAGUUACAGGACUUAGAUGAGUCACUAAUAAAGUUACAGGACUUAGCCAUGGUCACACACGCCCAGUGGCUAGCCACUCUCACUCCUCGCUGCCUCCACUGCUGCUGCUGCUCACACAAGGUCGAGAAGCCUCUCCCAGAGGCACUUCAUUCUGUUUCUAUGCUCCAAAAUCACUUUCUGGUUCCCUUUCCCUAGUAACUAAAUCAACUGCUGCCAGGUUGCCCAUGGCUAGUUGACUUGGGUAAAUCUUGUGACCUCUUCAACCAGCAGGACCUAAAGACAGAGUGAGGGGGAUGGGCAGCUGGCAAACCUGUCCAAGGCAGUGAAGAGUUAUAGCUGAUGCCUCCUUUCCUUCCGCCAUCGUCAGGCAUGACUUGGCACUUGCUCUGCUCUGUGAGAUCACCAUUGAGUUUGUCAGUUAGCACCCCAAGUGGAUGGCUUGAUUGGGAACACAGUGAAAGGAGCUGAUCUACUGUAUUGUAAUGUAAAACAGCUACAGCCAGUUAUUUUGUAAGAUUAUAAGAUGUUCAUUAAA